UUAUCUGUUAAGCCGGACUAUAAUGGAGUAGAUGGCCAAGCUCUUCGAGAAGAAGCACUGGCAGCCAUCGAAUUGGUGGUAGAUCGCCUGGAGGACCAUUUCGGCUGGACAGAGCAUACACGAGUACCGGCUGGCCAACCUCGUCUCGGACCCGCACCAUUAUUCACUUUUGAAGUGCAUUCGAGAAGAGGAGCGCUGAAGGAACUCCGAACAGUUGAGACAGGACAACGGAAGAGAAGUCGUUUUACUGACUGGAUCACCCGAAAAUGGAAACGACGGUCAGGUGCACCGUCAACGCAUGUAACCACAUGGUCGGUGGAUGACGUAUCCUUGUGGCUGAACUCGCUCGGUCUGUCACAUUACGCCAGUCAAUUCAAAGCAAACGACAUUCGCGGGCAUGAACUGAUUCACUUGGAGCGAACGGAUAUGAAGGACCUAGGAGUGCUGAAGAUUGGUCAUGCAAAAAGGCUACAGUCCGCAAUUGCCGAAUUGCGGGAAAAAGAAGUGGAACUGCGUCGGGAAAGUCGACGUAGUGGACGGAAAGGCACGAGUUUAUCAGUCGAACGUGCUCCAGUAGAGCCUGCCUCCUGA